AUGCUUUCCGGGCCCGGUUCUCUGAUUACCUCGAGACUCAAGACAUCCAUGUGGAGGGCUCCAGCACGUUGCUCGGUAUCGUCGCUGGUAGCGCAGCGCCCAUUUGCGUCUUUGUCGAAGCAGCCGCAGAACAAGAUCCCCACCGAAUGGAGGCGGACUCUGCGGCGGUUCACCAACUCCAAAUGGUUCAGUCCCGAAUAUGUAGUUUAUGGCAUCAUCGGCAUCAACUGUGCAGUGUAUCUUGUCUGGCUCUAUGCUCAGAAGAAUGCAAAAGAGUUCCGGGACUACAAGCUGCUGCAAUUCAUGUACAAGAACUUCAUGAUCAGCUGGCCAUCGACCGUCGAGCAAUUCCGAUGGUGGACCAUCUUUACCGCCUCGUUCUCGCACAUGGAGUUUAUGCAUCUGCUUGUCAAUAUGAUGACUCUCUACUUUUUCGGCAUCCCGGUGGCGGCAUUCCUUGGAAGCGCUCGGUUUCUGUCGAUCUACCUCCUGGCCAGCGCCCCCACGUCGCUCCUGACGCUCAUCUACCAGUACUACAAGGCGUCGACCGAGUUCUCGCGAAGCCACGUCCCAGUCCCUGUGAGCUCGAGCCUGGGCGCCUCGGGCAACACCAUGUCGGCGAUUGUCAUCUUCACCUGCCUCAACCCGCUGGCCACGAUCUAUCUCUAUUUCAUUCCCAUUCCUGCAUAUCUGGCGACCGUCGGCCUGAUUCUGCAUGAUCUGUGGGGCCACUUUUCGAACCAGCAAAGCCGCACCAACUUUAUUGCCCAUCUUGCCGGCGCUGGCUUUGGCUUCGUGUACUAUUGGCGGCACAUCCGCAAGGCCAUCCGAAGAUGA